UAAAGAACGUUAACUUUGAUAUGAAUGAAGAUUAAACUUUUCGAAAAUGACUGAUUUACAAGUUUGUAGUGUUUAUGACAUGGAUCCCCAGACCCAACUUCACGAAAUGCGCUUGCAAGGGAUAUUUUGUGACGCAUACAUUAAGAUUCCGGAUGAAAACACCCGUUUGCCUGUGCAUAGAAACGUCAUGGCAAGUUGCAGUCAUUAUUUCAGAUCACUGUUCACGUCCGGACUAAAGGAAUCGGAACAAAAUGAAAUUUCCAUUUAUGGUGUGUCGGCAAAUAUUAUGAACCAAAUCAUCCAGUAUGCCUAUAUUAGGAAGGCUAUUAUAACCCCAGAUAACGUAGAAGAUCUUUUAGCAGCGUCUGAUAGAUUUCAUGUUUUUGGACUUUUAAAAGAAUGUACCAACUACCUUUAUGAACAGAUAUCUCCUGAGAAUUGCAUAGGAAUAUUCAAAUUUUCUCGCUUCUAUAAUUGUCAACAUCUUUCGCGAAAAGCUUGGGAAUACAUCGUGCGAAAUUUCAAAGAUAUUGUUGAAAAGAGUCAAGAGUAUUUACAGUUGCAUGUCGACGACUUGAAAGAGAUAUUAAAUGACGACGACCUUUCUGUGUGUAACGAAAGCGAAGUAUUUCUGGCAAUUCAAAGAUGGAUCGAUUACGAACAAAGAGACAGAAGAGACAAAUAUCCAGAGCUUCUAAAAUCAAUGCGAUUUUGCUUCGUUAAUGUCGAUUUCUUCCAAACCAAAAUUCAAAGAAACAAAACGCUUGUAAAUCUAAGAGAUUGCAAGAAACUCAUCAAUCGGGUGUCUAACCUAAUGAGGAUCUUCUACGAGAGCCCCUUUAUCGUGGACGACGAUAAUAUCUUACUGCGACCCCGAGUACCCCCCGAAAUAAUCUUCACAGUGGGGGGCUGGUCCAGCACUGGGGUUGUGGACUCAAUUGAAGCCUACGACAAGAACGUUGACAGAUGGUACGUUACCAAGCAAUGUAUGCCGUGCUCGCGCGCCUAUCACGGCACGGUGUUUAUGAACGGACGGAUUUUCAUUGUAGGGGGAUUUGACGGGACCCAGUAUCUCAACAGUGUCUACUGCUUCUCCCCUGACGAGAAGACUUGGGAAGAGAGAGCUCCGAUGUAUAUCAUGAGAUGUUACGUCAGUGCUGUUGAAUUAAAUGGUAUAAUAUAUGCCUGUGGUGGUUUUGACGGACGGAAUCGACAAGACUCUGUAGAGAAAUACAACCCAAUAAAGAACCAGUGGACCCACGUACAGCCGAUGUGGAGGAAACGCAGCGACGCCGGGGCUACGGCUCUUGAUGGUAAGAUUUACAUUGCUGGCGGCUUUGACGGCGCGUCGUGUUUGGAUUCUGCCGAGUAUUACGACCCCACUGUAAACCAAUGGACAAUGCUGCCAGAUAUGACGUCACGCAGAAGUGGCGUGGUUUUGGUGGCAUUGCAGAAAGAACUCAUUGCACUGGGGGGAUACAAUGGGAGUGACCGACUUUCGACAGUUGAGCGAUACAGUUGGGCAACUCGCUCUUGGUUCCCCAUGGGUUCUAUGAUACAGGGUCGCAGUAACUUUGCAGCCGUGGUAAUGAAUGGGAAAAUAGUGGUUAUCGGAGGAUAUGACGGUUCCACAACAUCCCCAAACGCAGAGGAGUAUGACCCCACUAAAAAGGCUUGGAGGAGACUGUAUCCUCUGAACUACGGAAGGAGUGCCGUCAGCGCAUGCCUGGUGUCUCAGAUCAGAAGUGGGCGUGGCUUUACUUAUCACGGACUGGCUAGCGUUGACAAUUUAUAAAUCAUAAACUGAAUGCCAUAUUUGGUCAGAAUGUUACCAUUUAAAUACAAUUUUCUUAGCAGGAUUUUCUGUCAAAAUAGAAUUCUGAAUUAUGUAAUAAAAUACAUCA